ACCACUUCUCCCUCUCGCCAUCUAAAUUCUCCUAUAUUAUGCUUUCUAGGUCAACAAUAACAAUAACAUCCACACACUCGCUCGCUUCAUGCCUUGUCUUUCUUUAGGGUUUGGAGUUAUGUGGUCAAAUACGAAGCUACCCACUGUUAUAAUGUUUGUGUACUAAGAACCUGUUUUUGUUUUUCUCUAGCAAUCUGGAGGUUAUUAUUGACAGAAUUGAAGGUAGGUCAGCCAUAACUCCAUGGAGUUGAUACAACAAGUUAAAGGCAAUUAUUCUGAUAGCAGGGAGGAAGAGGAGGAAGAGGAAGCCACAAGAGAAGCUGAAAGCAGCAGCAGGUUACACCAGCACAAAUUCGGAAAGCAGCUAGAGUUGAUGGAGCUGAGACUUGGGAGCAACAAAGAAGAGGGAGAAGAAGGGAAUUCGCAACAAGGAGAAGGAGGAAGUUGUUCGAAGACAAAGGAAGGGGUGGUGGUGGAGAAAGAGCACAUGUUUGACAAAGUGGUGACACCGAGCGAUGUGGGGAAGCUGAACAGGCUGGUGAUACCGAAGCAGCACGCGGAGAAGUACUUCCCUCUCGACUCUUCAUCCAACGAGAAGGGGCUUCUCCUCAACUUCGAGGACCGGAACGGGAAGCUGUGGAGGUUCAGGUAUUCGUACUGGAACAGCAGCCAGAGCUAUGUGAUGACAAAGGGGUGGAGCCGUUUUGUGAAGGAGAAGAAGCUCGACGCCGGCGACAUUGUCUCCUUCCAGCGUGGCCUCGGAGACUUGAAUAGACAAAGGUUGUACAUAGAUUGGAAGAGGAGGACUGAUCACCCUCAUCCUCAUGCCCCUGACCCUUCGGCCUCCCCUUUCUUCCUUCCCAAUAAUAUCAGAUGGUACUCUCUCCCUCACACCAUGCCACCACCUCGCUACAACGAUCAUCACUUUCACCACAACAACUUCGCUUUUCACCACCCCUACCUUUCUUCCGCCGGUAGGGGUGCCACUGCCACUGCCACUGCCACUGCCACUGCCACUUCCACUGCCACUUCCGGUCUUCACGGCAACUACUUUGAGCAGAAUUCCGGAUCUGGGUCACUCUAUUACCUCAGGAACUCCAUGGCAAUGGGCGGUGAUAUUCAAAACUUGCAAGGGAGAGGCUUGAUCAUUGAUUCUGUGCCGGUUAACGUUGCUCAUCAUUGCCAUGGCUUUGCACAAGGAAGCAUUGUCAGGAGUGGAGCAGGUGGUGGUGAUGCUAAUACUAGUAGCGGAAAACGGCUGAGGCUAUUUGGGGUGAACAUGGAAUGUGCCUCUUCGGCCGAAGAUUCCAAAGCCUUGUCCUCGGGUUCGGCAGCAGCACAUGUGACAACAGUAGUGAGUAAUUCACUUCUUCCUCCUCCUCCUCCUCCUCCUUCUUCUCUUCAGCGCUUGAGGAUGCCACUGCCACCACAUGAAGACCCGCUUUCCUUGUCAGCUGCAAGGUUUGGAGAUCAUCAUAAAAGGGGGACUUCCGUGCUCUUUGAUUUGGAACCCUCUUUCCAGUUUCGCAAGUGAUCCAUCCAAUAAACCCACUCGAUCAACCACAACCACAAAUAAUGAAUGAAUGAAUGGAGAAGAUUUAGUUUCAGAGAUAGUUGGGCUAGCUACCUUCUCCUUUGCACCAUUUUCAAACAUUUACUUUUUCUUUCUCUUACCACCUGCAAAGGAAUACGGAGCUCCCAGACUUUCUUUCUAAUCUUCUUCUUCUUCUUCUAAUCCGCAAUUAGUAUAAGUUAGCAUUUCUACUUACGUUAAUUUGCUGGGGAUUCGAGUCUUGAAGAAAUGAAAAAUAAAUCCUUUGAUGACCACGAGACCAUUAGUUCUUUCAAUUGUGUAUAAUAGUAGUACAAUACAUAUAUAUUAUUAUGUUAUAUCAUAAUUAAAUA